CUGACCGCGACUACCAGGCUAGGUUACUUUUACAGUUCACCACUCUGUACUUGGACAAUGUCAAAGAAUCUGUUUGCCAAGGCUGUGGAAGAUGCUACACUUGAAAUAACGACAUCUUACGAUGGAUCACGGAAUUUCGGAGGAAAAGGUAAUCAUUUUACAAAGUAUGCGUCAUGGUUUCUUACACUGUACACUCCAUCUCGAAUUGAAUUUGCAUAUAGUAUGUGGUCCACGGUCCGCUACUAAAAAUUAUUAUCGUGAGUAUCUUAGCUGAAUCGUAUCGUAACGAGCUGAAAUACCUCCUUAAGAUAGCUUUAAUGUUCCUCUCGUUAAUCGUGAAGUUGCAAGUUCCAACUUUAAGUAUUACUGAAUGUAAUUCGAAAACAGGCGACCGUGCUCCCGGACCUUGGUCCGCGAGUGUGGCCCUUGGUCCGCGAAUCAGGUAAGCAGCAGGAAAAAAACGUGAGAAUACAGUAGUUUCCACACGAAGACGUAUUUUCACAAUAUGUCACUAUUCUUGAUGCAAUAAAGCUACAGUUUUUUUCGGGAGUUGUUGAGCGCUUACCAUUUGUAUGGAAAACCUGGAAAUUCCAGGGAGAAUUCAAAUGGAACGGUUCAUCCAGGUGGAAAAUUUCCGGAAACGACCACAACUUUUCUGUACCAUUCGUUUGGAUUACCAGUGCCAGGCUUCAUGUCGAGAGAAGAUGAAAAAUUCACCUAUAUUUUGUAAAUAGUACAACUCAAUCCCGUUCCUGUUCUCGGUGUCAAAACAAAUACCAGUACCAUUUGGUGGAAGUUUUUCACUGAAAUUUCCAUACAAAUGGUAAGCACUCAUUGUCAGUAUAAAAUAAUCUGCUUUUCUUUCAAAGACUUGAGACAACAGUCUCCAACACAAGCGGUUUUCAACACGGUCCAAAAUAAUUACUAAAAACUGUGUAUGUAUUUGAGAUAUUAAGAAAAGAGAACUUGUUAACAUGUAUAGGGAAGAUUUUUAAAACAUUAUUUGAAAAAAAGGCUACCUCCUUUUAUUUUGUGAAGUGUAUUAAAUUCCACCAAGGUCAAAGGUCGUGGACCAAGGACCACUACGUGAAAUUUGGUGAUAUAUUUUAAGAGUCAACAAAACAAAAACUUAAAAAUCUGGGGCAAUGUGUUUUCACAACAGAAAAAGGUUUAUCUGACAAGCUGUUCUGCCAAAAAGCACGUCUUCCCAAUGCGUUUUAUUAUUUUAUUCACAAGCUAAGUAAACAUGACCGUGUAAAUUACGGUGCCACAAAAGGCCAAACUUCAAGAAAGACAAAUUAACCUACCUGUCAACAAACUUUAGUUUCACGCUUUCACCCAUGGCGGGAAAGCUGAAACUUUGUCGUAAGAAAAAAUGCUAAUCAAUAAAUCAUCAGACCGUUCAUUUUUUCCCAUAUUGUAUUUCUCGACCGAAUAUUUAAUCAUGCUUGGAAAAGUCAUGGACCAAGGACCUCACGGACCAAGGACCAUAUACUGUAUUCUGCGUUUUCACUGUCAUGCUAUCAAAAAUGAAAAUGCUAACCAGUCAAUACAGAAAGUCCAGAAUCUGGGAAAUGAAAGAAGAUAAGGCAAGCCAAGAAUCAGGUCUCUGGAAUAACCCAUAUGUGAGAUGUUCACAAAAACGUUUUACUCAGAUUUGUAAGGCUUUGUAUGGAGACGCCAUGUUGAUGUCCAUUUGAGGGGCACAAAUAUGGCCGGCAGAAACCGACAAAAACAUCUGAUUUGGAGUUUUCCUACUUAUGCAUGAAUUUAUCGCUUGAGGAAUUCAUAAAUAUGACCUCACACUCCAUAACAUUCCUUACAGUUUUCCGUGUUCAAAUGGACAGUAGUUCAUAUACAGUUCAUUAGCCGUUCAAAGGGCUUGGACUAUCUGUUCAAAAAAAUUGUCAUCCGUUUGAACAACUUAGGAUAUCCAUUCGAAAAAAAUUGUUAUCCCUUCAAACAGCUCAGGCUAUCUGUUUGAAAAAAAUUGUUGACCAUUCAGAUGACUGGAGCUAUCUGUUCAAUCAUAAGUUUUAGCUGAGUUUCCAUCCCAAAACAAGUUCAUUGCCAGCCAUUCACGUUAUUCUCCAGGGCCCAGUUGUUCGAAGGUCGGUUAGCGCUUAACCUGGAGUUAAAUUUAACCCGGGUUUCUUUUUCUUGUGUUCUGAAGCAUUUUCUAGGAUAAUUUUCUCAGUUAUUUUUAGAGCUUCCAAUCACCAUCUUGUAGACAAAAAGAAUUAAAACUGAAAUGCUUUUUAAGCUUUCAAAUCUGAAUUAAAAUCUCGCACUAACCCUGGGUCAUCUUAACCCAGCUUUGAACAACUCAGCCCAGGUAUUCUUGAGUGGUCACAUUAAGAAGUUUGUUUACAAAUGCAUCAUGAAUAGUCACCGAUCUUGUUCUGCUCCUUUAUAGCCAUUAUCACUUCCACAUUAUCAUUCAAUUAUCAGCCAUAUCACAUUUUAUUCAAUACUUAAGUUUCUUUUUUCAACAAGUUUCUCGAAAAUAAUGUUUUGACCUUUUACAGAGGUAUGCAAAUAUCAAAUGAUUUGAGAUCAAAGGAUAUGAUACCUGCCAGGAGAAUAGACGCUGUCGGCUGAUUCCAAGCCUGCUAGCCUUUCCUCGCUAGAAAAAUCGUGAAAAAAACUGUGCCUGUUUACUACCAUUGUUAUGAUUUAUUGUUUUCCUUUUUUGCCAUUUUGGAGUUAAACAUUAUUUCUAUGACACAGGCUUGAAAUCAAAAGCUCUUUGCACCUUUGCUUGCUUUGACAAGACUUGACACGGUGCUAGUCUUUGAUUAAAAAUAGUGCACUGUAAAUUCCUUUCAAGGCAACUAGAAUCCUUGCUAAGUGAUGGGUUCUCUGAAUUCUGUGUAUGGAGAGCGUUUUCAAAGACAUUGUUAGCAAGAUACUUGUUAUACGUACAAGAUUUAAUUUUCUGUGACUGAAAUUGAAAACUGACAGGAAUACAUAUUUUGUAACGUCACACAACUUGAAUAAUGGUUCAACAUCAAAGUAUAAAAUCAUGCCAAGGAAGUUGAAAAUUCAAAGACUGUAUCACAUUAAAUUAAAGGAUUGAGAAAAGUGCAAUUAUUUUCAUUCAUCAUUUUCUUUGGAAAUUCAAGCGUCUUCUAUGAUAAUCGCAAAACGAAGAACCCUUUUGGAACCUAAAAUUUGUGUAACUAAGGGUUUUUAGGUGCUGUGAUACCUCAUGAAAGUAGAAACUCAGAAGAAUCGAUAGUUUCUUAUUGUGAAUUUUGGUGAUGUCAUGUGAAAACCCCUAAUUAAGAACUUUAUAUCUUAACUACUUAAGGCUAGUUUUCGCUAGCGAUGGAGUCAGAGUCAUAAGCAGAGUCAUAAGUGCGACGGAAAAGGGUAUCUUUUCAUAAAGUGUAAUAUGAUGCAAAUGCAUUACCUGAGAAGUAGGUUUCAAAUCGCACAUGUUUUGACACUAUGCAAAUUUGUGAUGUGCUGUCAUGCAAAAAUUGCUUUUCAGCAAAUACACUGUUGUCUUAUGCACCUGUGAAUGGUUUGCAUCGGGAUAGGAGAGGCGGGCAACCCACGGGAAAUUUGACAUUUUAAGGUUUUCAAAAUGUCUAUUUCCACACCCCUGAAUCUCCAUUUUGAGUCAAAUUCCCACCCCUGGGGACCACAGACCUUGCAUCCUAAUUUCAAUGAACUAUAGGCACUCACAACACUUUAUUGCAGCACUCAGCAUCUCCAGAGAGUAGUUACUUGGUGACAAAUGAACCCUACCCGGCCCAUUCCCUCACUGUGUUCAAAAUAGCGAUUGUAAUGCGGAAAUUAUGAGCGUAAACAAUGUGAUUGAGUCAAAUUUCCCACCCUGGGCCCAUUGUGGAUGUCAGAUACCAUUGUGGAUGGAAAUAAUGUGUAUCAAGUAGUGACUGUAUAAAAAUGCUGUGAAGAACAAUCUAAACUAUUCGAUUCUUGUAGUGUGCGGCAAGGAGUGUGUAGCACGAGACACAAUUCUUGUCACACAAGAAAGGCGUCGCAACUGGUAACUUACUUUUGAGCGGUACUGUAUAUCUGCACUUGAAAUAUUUCAACCGCUGACACAUGUCAUAAAUUUGUCACUUAAACAUGGCAUAUUUCCAGAUAACUUGAAAAUUGCCAAAGUUAUACCAAUCUUUAAACAAGGCUCUCAUUCCUCAUGCAAUAGGCAAAUCUUUGCUGACGUCAUUGUUUACAUUUUUCCUCAUUAGUAUACAACAUAACUCAAAGAAGCGGUAGCUGUAUAUACAAACUAAAUUCAAAAGUUGAAAGAGCUGAUUAACUUAAACAAUUUGUGCAAUUUUCAGCUUAUUAAAAGCAAUAUUGAAGGAAAUAUCAGCCAUCUAAAACUGCGAAAUUGCUGGGUGGCAAAAAAAAUAAUGAGUAAUACAUUCUUUGUAAAAUUUCGAGUUUUUAAAAGAGAAUCUCUCUGAAACCGUUCAGUAUAUCGGGCUCAAAUUUUCAGAGAUAGCUGAAAUUGUUAUGCUCUUUCAAUAUUCAGGUGUUUUAUUUUAUUAGCUUCAUCAGAUAAUGAUGAGCAUAUGUCAUUGAGGCAGAAAAUGUAAACAGAGAUUUGCCUUUAACUAUUGCCCCAUAUCAGUUCUUUCACGUUAAGUCAAAUUUUUGAGAGAUGCAUUCUUAACCAAUUUAUCUCACCUAUGGAGAUAUUUUGGUACCAAAAAGUCUAAAAAUUGCCAACCAGUAUCUUUAGCAGUCUUACAGCAUUAAAAUACCUAGGAUUAGUUAUUGAUUGCUUUUUGUCUAGGCAUGACCAUAUUGACCAUAAUUAUCAGUAGUUAAAUUAGCAAAAGUGUAAAUUAUCAUUGCGAAACUGAAAUGACAUGUAACAACCCAAUCUUUGAUAAGCAUCUAUUAUGCACUUGUUUACCCCUAUUUCAACCAUGGUUACAUUCUGUGGGGUAAUAAUUAGGAAUCGCCAUUAUCACAGUUGGUAAAGCUACAAAACAAAGUUGUUAGAGUUAUUAAUAACCAUCCACUUCGUGAUCAUAAUUAUUACUCCUCAUUAUGUGAACCUUGGUCUAAUUAAGCUUUCUGACAUUGUUAAGCUAAAUACCUGUGGACUGUUUUAUGAUCAUAUUGUAGAUAAAAAGCCAUCUAAUUUCACACUGGCCUUGGUGUCUAAGCAACAUAGUUAUGACACCAGAAGUGUAUCCUUGCAGCACCUAAAUCCCAGUACAGGGAUAAAUAUACAUGUAAGAAAAUUCUGUCCGACAGUUAUACAGUAGGAUGUUAUUAUUGGAAUAAUAUACCUUUAUCUAUUUAAGUGAAAAGACAACUAAAAAAUUGUUUAAAUGAGCACUAUGUUACUAUUAUCUAAUCAUCGCCACACCAACCCUCGAAGGUUAUACACCUAUUUCAAUUAAGGUUGCUCCCAUGAACCAUGUUUCAUGGCCUGCAGUGCACUGUGGUAAAUCCUUUUGUAGCGGGAAGUUCAGUCUUGUUCACGUUCAUUGAAAUAAUGGAGACCAUUUGUGAGAAAGCUUCUUCCUUUAACAACAUUAAUGGAGUAGGGUUUUACGGCCUGAUUAAGCUGCGUUUUUGGAUGGGGCAGAAUGCUGGUUAUUUCGAUAAAGCAAGUCAAGGCUAUACUUUUUUUAUUCAGUUUUAAAAGACUUGCCUUAAAAAUACAUAAAUGCGUAAUUUGAAGUUAUUUAUUGUAGUUCAACAUAUGCUUUGAAUUUGUUUUUUUUUUUUGACUCCAUCCAAAAUUCCCACGUGUACGAGCCAAGAAAACUCGUUGAAAAUUUGCAACAUUUGCAUAUUACCACAGAGCAAAACCCAAACUCAAAUCGCUGUCCCAAAAAGCCUAGGAUUCAGUGUUUUGAAAUACAUUGUGAUAACGUUCUGCUGACAUAGAAUUGAAGCGUCAGUAGCGUUUGCUUUCUAGGUUUCUAGGCUCCUCGCGGACACAUAAUUUACUGGACUUGCUCCCAUAAUGCACCGCGGGCUAUGAAACAUGGACCAUGUAUCAUUCUUCACCAAAGCAAACUUUAUUGAAAUAGGUGUAUAGUAUUUUUUUGUGUGUACUUUCCUUUUUCCUCUCUCUUAUGUAUUUCAUAGUUUAUAUACUUCUCUUUUUUUUUCUCUUUUAUUCCAAAUGAAACUGUAAUUAUCAAAGGGCAUGUAAUUAGUUUCACUAUUAUCUUGCCCUUCUCCAUUUAUUCUUGUAAUCUGACAUUUAAUUCUUAAGAAUAAUAUCUUCGAAUCUGUAAUAUAAUAUAAAUGGCUUGCUUUUUCUUCCGACUCCACAUACGACUCCGUCACUUACGUUCCGCUUAUGAUCUAGUGAAAACCAGAUUGUUGGAGGGGUCGGAAGCAGAAGCAGAAGGAUAAACCAAUCACAAUGCACUUUCCCAUGCUUUGUGCUUUCAACUCCGAUGACCCAGUUUUCACAGAGUCGUAUGCAGAAUCAGAAAAUUCAGAACGCUUUUUUCACUACAGCGUUAAGUUCUACCCUUCUGAUAAUGACUCUGACUCCUUUGCUAGUGAAAACCAACCUUUACUGUUAUCUAACAAAAACCCUGAAUGCAUAAAGGCCACAAGAACUUUAAGUAUGGUUUAGUUUUAUAAACAGAUUUUAAAAGAAAAUAAUAGUUCAUUUCAAUAUAUUUGUGUUUUGAUCUCAUCCUGAGAUCUCUUAUCUGGUCAAGUACGAAAAUUCAAUUUUUUGUAUUAGCUAGAUUGUGAGGGAAUGUCACGAGUGUUGUCUUCUGUGCGCGCUAUGGUGUGUGCAAUUAUUUUUCAGUGAAAAUGUAGUAUUCUUCCUCAAUACAACUUGUAAAAACAUUUUUACAUGUACCUUAUCUUCAACUUUUUAAAACUCUCUCUCAGUACCAAUAAACUCUUUUGAAAAGGGUGAAAAAAACAUCGCGUUGAAGUUGACGCGCACUACUUUGAGGUUUUAGCGCACGCCAUGAGGAUUAAAUUUAAACUGUCAUGUUAAAUUUGAUGUGACAAACAACAACAACAAAUUAGCUGAUUCAUACUUAAGAUGUGCGUAUAACCACGUUUUGUUAGACAAAAUCUUCACGGCUCAAUCAAAUUCUUUGUUUAGCACGUCGAAAUUUGAGGGUUUGUUUCGAGCAUGCGCUCUUUCAUUGCCAGUCAUAUUCCUGACAGGCAAUGACGUGUACAAAUCGGACUUGACCAUAUCCGGCUUUGGCUUCCUCAACAAGAGAUCUGGGUACAAGAGUAUUUGCAGGGAUCCAUAUUCCCAGUUGUCCAGUCGUCCCAGACGACUACAAUCUCGUACGAACGAUUAAGAUAACUUCCAAAGUCAACCACAAAAUCUUUUCAAAAAUUCUUAUAUGAUUUUAUACAUUUUCCCUGUGUUCUGAUUACUUCACAUCCACUUAAAACUUUUAGAACAACGGAUAAUAACUAGCUUUUUUUUUGUCUGCAAUGAAAUUGUAAGUUUGGGCACCAUCUUUGAUAGUGCGGUAUUUUCUACAAUAUGACCGCAGGCUCAGUUUGAAGUACUGCAUUCAGAGGCCAUUCGUAGAAAACGUGACAGCACACAUCAAGAUGUAGCGUUUUUUAGAAGGCGUUUUGUCGCCUUUGGCAGGCAAAAAAGUGAAACAGAAGCUGGUGCCUUAUGUGCAUCAAGAUAUGACGUUUUUUAGAGGUCGUUUCGCUGCCUUCGACGGGAAAGAAAGGUGACGUAGUGUUCAAGUUGCACACAAUUCACAGACCUCUGCCAGCAUUGGUGCAUCGCUUAUUACACGUGUAGUUCAAAAGAGUUUUACUUCACUGAAAGCAUCCCAAAAAAGUAAAUUGUAUGGAACAAGACCCUGUUCAACAGUCCCUUAGCAGUUUGUUCUAUCCUCAGGCGUGCGUCUUGAAUUUUUCCCUCAAUUAUUUGUUCAUUGAAUUAUUUGAGCACUUUAUUAAUUUGCACAUUUUAAGAACUUAAGUCAUACAUGUAGUAUCUUCUUUGCUUUUAGCUAUUAAAAAUAGCUGUACAAAUGUAUCGUUUCUCGUUGAAGACUCUGAGAGGCCAAGAAGAGGAAGGUCUUAUCGUGGAGGUAGAGGAAGAGGUCGUGGCAACAGUUAUUAUCGAGAAAAGAGCAGCCAUCCACACCCUAGAUCUCACAUAGUUGAUGAUGAUGAUGACAUUGAUAUGGAUAAUGUUGGAAGAGGUGGUCACAGAUCUGAUUCAAGAUUGUAA